AUGAAUCCCGAGAGAAAGAACAUUCACAAUUACAAGUUUGUGGAACCUCAGUUGGCCGUCUUGAGAGGACUUGGGGCACGUUUAGACCUGGGACUCAAAGAUGAUCUCAAGGCGUCUUAUGGUAACCUUUUGGGCAUUCUGAACACCGAAGUCAACAUCAUUGAUGGGCACACUCUGGUGCAAGUUUACGAUCCUUCGUUGAUAUGCUUUACAUUUCAAGAUUACCAAUUGGCACCUACAUUGGUAGACUAUUCACACAUGCUGGGUAUUAGGAUCAAGAACCAAGUGCCUUAUGUUCGCACUAAGGAACUUCCCAAAUAUCAAGACCUUGCUGAAGCUCUACACAUAGGAAAGAAAGAAGUGGAAUUAAACUUGAAACCUAAGGGUGGAAUUCAUGGCUUCACCUCCAAGUUUCUACUGGACAAGGCUAUUGCCUUCGCCGAAGCUAGGAGUUGGACGAACUUCAAUGCCAACCUAGCUCUACUUAUCUAUGGGAUUGUAUUGUUUCCGAAUAUGGAGGAAUUCAUAGAUCUGGCUGCUAUUCAUAUCUUCCUAACUCAGAAUCCUAUUCUUACUCUUCUUGCUAAUACUUACUACUCCAUCCAUGUGAGGACUCAGAAGAAGAAAUGGACCAUCGUCUGUUGUGCCCCUUUGCUGUAUAGAUGGUUUAUUUCGCAUCUACCUAACAAAUUCCCUUUUGUUAAGAACAAAGACAACUUGAAGUGGUCCCAGCAGAUCAUGUCCUUGAACACCGAAGAAAUUUCUUGGUAUUCUCGAAUCUACGACGGUGUCAAGCUUAUCCUCAAUUGUGGGGAUUUUCCUAAUGUACCUCUUCUUGGUACAAGAGUGAGAAUCAAUUACAAUCCGAGGUUAGCACUACGACAACUGGGAUACCCUAUGGUGGACAAGCCCGAUCUCAAGAGUGUAGAAGGUUUCGUCUUAAAUGAAGGGGUCGAAGAGCCAGAACUAAUCAAGAAGAUUGUCAAGGCUUGGGAGCGAUUUGUCCUUAAGGAAGAGCAGAAAUGGGUAAGAAGAAUGGCAUCACCAAGGAAGCUUACUCUAGAUGGGUCAAAGACAAAGUUAGUGAGAUUUUGUUACCGUUUCCGCCUGAACCGUCCAUGA